AUGGAAUAUGCUGAAAAUGAUGAAGUUUCAAAUGAACCUUCUGCAGUUAAUAAAAAUGAUCCUUUAUUAACUAGUGAAGAAAAUGCUCGAGAAAGAGCUCAAGAUAUACAAUCUCAUCUUGCUAUAAAAUGUAAAAAAAACACACUGAGAGAAAUUAGAAUCAAAGUACUUAGAGAUAUGUAG